AUGAUUUGGCACACGGAUUUCAAAGCCAAUGUAUCACAUAAAAAUAGUUCCCUAUUGAAAAAGCCACCAGCAGCAGCAGCACAAAAUGAAAAACCGGAGGAAGAAAAUAAAAAAUUUAAGGAUCUGUUGAAGGCAUAUUGGCAAAAGUAUUGUGAAAAAUCAACCAUACAUGGGGUGCGCUACAUUUAUGAUCCCACUCUACGUGGCAUAGAGAGACUUAUAUGGACUGCUUUAGUUAUCACAUGUGUGACGCUGGCAUGUAUUGCCUAUUUAAUACUUGCCGAACGCUACUCUGCCAAGAAACUGCAGACGGUAGUGGAAAAUUCACAAUAUCCGGUAUUUCAAAUACCGUUUCCGGCUGUCGCCGUUUGUACACACAAUCGCAUCAAUUGGGAGAAAUUUGAGCAGGCCAAAGCUGAGUUCUUGCCACCAUCAGCAGACAAGACGGUAUUGGAGGUGUUUACGAAUUUCGUGGAGCGCAUGGAGACUCUACGCUUUGGCCGCUUUGAUACAUUUAAAGAAAUGCAAGACAUUAAUUUGGAAGCAUUAGACAGCAUUGAUGUUUCAAAGUUGGCCAGAUUUAUGGCCUUACGUUGCGAGGACAUUAUGGUUAAUGACACUUGCUACUGGAGGAAAAUGAAAUUUCAGUGUUGUUCUCGGUUCGUAUUGGAGCGCACCGAAUAUGGUGAAUGUUUGGUUUUCAAUUCCGAACUGUCAACGGAAUCGGCUGUAAUUCAGAAAAACUUAGGCAAACAGUUUUAUCCUUAUCACACCUCAAGAGCUGGACAAAAUACUGGACUCAAUUUUCGACUUAGAAUAAAUUCAAAACUAAAAAGACCCACCUCAAAAGCUGGAGACACAAUAACGGUUCUCAUCAAAAGACCUGACCAACUUUCAAAUCCCGGUUACACUAUUACCCCUGAAACGGAAACAUAUUUCAUAGUUCGACCCGAAAUUACCGACAGUGAUGAGGAUUUACAUUCAUUGGAGCCCAGCAAAAGAAAUUGUUACUUUGAAGACGAAAGCUUUUUGCUGGAAUACAAAACAAACAUGUCAAGUAAAUGGAUGUUGAACAACUGUCUGAAUAGAUGCCACGAAGAACAUGUACGAAAAUACUGCAACUGCACUUUGUCGCUAUUUUUUCUAUUUUCCGAUGAUACAGUUGAACAAUGUCGUCCCUCCCAUUUCCGCUGUCUGGCCAAGAAUAAUGAUAUUUUCAGUUACGAUAAACGCAAGGAAGAGGAUGCUUAUUUUAGUGCAGCUAAACCAGGAAUGACAUGUUCAUGCUUGAUACCUUGCAACUCGGUGGAAUAUUUUACAUCCUUAACGACGUUACCUUUAAGCGAUGAAAUUACUAACGAUACCAGUGUGAAAGUUUACAAAGUAGAUGUUCAUUAUCAAUCUGAGGUUCUUAUACAGUAUCGAACAAGUAUGGAGUUUACAAGUAUCGAUUUAAUAGCCAAUUUUGGUGGUAUUUUCGGUUUAUGUUUGGGUGCAUCUCUUGUAAGUGCAGUUGAACUUUUGUACUAUGCCACCUUUGGCUUCGGCUUAUAUUUGUACGACAACAAUUAUUUUACGGUUUUAAAACAAAAUCUUCAAACUUUAAGGCAAAAAUGGACAAUUGGCUUUAAAAAUUCCUUCAAGGAGGAGUAUGAGGAUGGUAAUGCAGUUAAAACAGCUUUCCUACCAAAACAACCCCAGCACAAGGAUAAUCGUUGGUAA